GAUAAAGAUCAAGGUCGCCGCCGCCAGCAGGCACAGUAGUAAACACGCCCCGUCUGAGCUGCCGCUGCUGCUCUCCUCGCUGCAAUGUCCGCUGCUGCUGCUGCUGCUGCUGCCUCCUUCACCUGCAUCACACCUCCCGUGCUGCUCGCCAUUUGACAAUUUUCCCAGAAGAGCCAAUGUGGAGUUAGUGCCACGUCCACUAGACCGUCCACACACCCCCACCUCUGAUGCCACACUGACCUGCCUGCCACCGCCAUGGAUUUCGAGAGUCCAGACGUAGAGAAGGAGUUCCCGGGUCUCUAUGCCUCUGAGUCUUCCCGCCGCAGCGAUAGUGACUAUGGGGACAGCACCCACGAGCGAGGGGGAAAGAAAGAGCUGCUGAGAAGUAAAAAGAAGGAAAAAAAGGAGAAGAACAAAGAUAAGGGGUACGCUGCAUUAGGUGAGGACAGUUCCCUGGACGAGAUGGAUCCCUUAGACACAAGCCCCAAAAAACAGAAAUCCUUCAAAUUCCUUCACAAGAGAGAGAAGGAAGAGAAGGAGGAGAGGAAGGAGGAAAAGAAAAAAGAGAAGGAGGAGAGAAAGAUCGACAAGAGAAAAGAGAAGGAGAAGGAGAAAGAAGAGAGAAGAAGAGAAAAAGAAGAGAAGAAAAAAGUCAAGAAAGAGAAGAAGAAAAAACAUGAUGAGCCAGAUGAAGAGGAGCUGGCAGUGUUUGGAGUGCCGCUGAGUGAGGCAGUGCAGCGGUGUCCAGCCCAUGACGGCAUACAGCUGCCAGCCAUUGUGAGGGAGUGUAUUGAUCAAAUUGAGGAGCGGGGGCUUCACUGUGAGGGGAUCUACCGCCUAAGUGGGGUGAAGAGCAAAGUUCAGCACCUCAGACACCAGUACAACACAGGGGAGGCAGUGAGGCUGAUGGACCAUGAGCCUCACGUCAUCGCUUCACUCCUCAAACAGUAUCUCAGGGAACUGCCCGAACCGGUGCUAACGGUGGACAUGAUGCCGCACUUUGAGGAUGUGGCAAUGAUCCCAAACCCCGGGGAGCGAGCGGAGGCCAUGCGACAGCUCAUCGACCGCCUGCCCACCGCCAACAGACUCCUGCUGCAGUAUAUGUUCAAACACAUGGGACACAUCAUUGCCAGGGAGGCUGACACCAAGAUGACUUACCAGAACGUGAGCAUUGUGUUGUCUCCUACCAUGCAGAUUUCUCACCGGGUGCUCAAUGUCCUCUUCCUCAACCACUCCUACCUCUUCGGGGGUGUCGUCAUCAAGAAAUACAUCCCCCCCAUUGGUAGCGGAGUGACGGAGCGAACGGUGGACCAGCUGCGGACCGUGGCGGAGAUCGAGGCGGAGAUGAUGAAGCAGGAGUCCCUUCUGGGCCACCUGCAUGCUCAGGUGGCGGCGGGCAAUGUGACCCGGCGCAAGGAGGAGAGUUUGUGGGAGGCACAGCGCAUUGUGACACUGCUCAAGGUGGGGAUGUGUCUGCUGGGACCCUGCCUGGCAUUACUUCUCCUCAUUACUGCUGAUUAUUAA